AUGGGGACUGUCGUGGAAACUUUAAAGUGUCCCGUUUGCCAGGAUUUCUUCACAGAUCCUGUGACGCUGCCAUGCGGACAUGGCUUCUGUCUCACCUGUAUCCAGGCUGUCUGGGAAACGGAGGGGUCUGAUGAGGGGCCUUUCUUCUGUCCAGAGUGUCAGGUAUUCCUCCCCUCUGAUCUCACGCUGGAGAUAAACACCAGCCUUCAGACCAAAGUAAAGUUAUUCGCCGCUAACAAGCCGUCAACAACAGAGCCAUGGACAACAACAUCAAGCAGGGCAACCACAUCAUCUUCAGCUAUCCACUGUGACCACUGCAUAGAGACACCUUCGGUGGCCAUAAGGACCUGUCUGACCUGUGACGCCGCACUGUGCCAGGCUCAUGCCCUGCUGCACCAGCAGAGGUCUGCUCUGAGGGAGCACACAGUUGUGGAGGUGACGGGGGAUCCGCUGUCUCUGAAGUGCAGGGAGCACCGUGAGGAGCUCAAGCUCUUCUGUAUGGAGGAGAGUGUCCCUGUGUGCUGCCUGUGUCUCCUGGUUGGCAUGCACAAGAACCACAAAGCGCUCCAACUCCAUGAGGCCUGCAAAGACUUCAAGAAGUCUGCUGCAGAUUUCAGAGAAAGAAUCUCGGACAAGUACAGCAGGAUCCGCGUUGUGCUGGAUGGCGAUGAGCGUCUGAUGAUGCAGAUCAUAGACGCAGAGGAGACAUACAUGACAGAGUGGCUGGAGGCCCAGAGGGGCGACAUGGAGGCUCAGAUCAAAGAGAUAGACAGCCUCAGAGCCUCCAGCAAAUCACUCCUCCAAGAGAAAACUGAGCUGCGAUUCCUACAGCAAAUCACAGCACAGAAUCUUUGCAACCCUUUGGAUUUAGCACCAAUCCUGGAGGUAGACAAAGAUCUGUGUGACCUUGAGAAGUUGAGAACGAUGGAGAAGCUGGUGGAUGACCUCUCAGUGGCUCUGUCCCAACACUUCCCACGAAUGUGGUCAUGUCUAAGUUCUCCUGCUCUGGACUCCAAGUCAGCACAUCCAAAACUGGAAAUAUCCCAGGACAGGAAACAGGUGUGCUGGAGAAGGCAGCCUGUCAGUGAAGCUCUGAGCCCUCAGCUAUAUGACUUCCAGUACAGCGUCCUCGCUCAGGAGAGUUUUACGACUGGUAGGCACUACUGGGAGGUCAUUGUUCAGGAGAAACCUUACUGGCUAGUGGGUGUGACCACCGGGCCAGUCGAUAAAGGAGAUGCACCAAGUCAGAGCUCCUCCAGCCUGGGUGUGAACAAUACAUCCUGGUGCAUCUACCAUGGAGAUGGACAGUACCUGGCAUGCCAUGACACCCAGGAGAAGCAGCUGUCAGUGGGGAAGAGAGUCAGAAAGCUGGGCAUACUGGCAAAUCUCCAGAAGGGGGAGCUGUCAUUCUACAACGCUGAUGCCAUGACCCUGCUCCACUCCUUCUGUGUGCAGUGCACAGAGCCUCUCUAUCCCAUGUUAAACCCAUGCAUCGAUGUGAAUGGACUAAACACGCAGCCGCUCACCAUGUUUUGGAUUAAGGACCCCUGGGAUUGCCAUGUAAACACAGAAGGGGCCAAAGAGUGA